GCGCCGCUUUUCCAAUUCUGUGUGAGUCAAUCAAGCAACCCCACGUCCCUCCAUAAAAGCCGAAUUUCGCAAACACUCUCCUUUCUCUCCACAACACCACCACAACAUGGCGGCCAAAUUGAGUCCCGAGGACUCAAUUGCCCUCAUCAAGGCCAAUCUAGCCGAAGUCUUGAACCCAGAACUCAUCGACCAUGUCAUCCUCGAAGAGAAACGCCCUCUCAAGGUCUACUGGGGAACUGCAACCACGGGACGACCCCACUGCGGUUACUUCGUGCCCAUGAUGAAGAUCGCAGAGCUGCUCGCGGCUGGCUGCCAUGUCAAGAUCCUGCUCGCAGAUAUCCACGGCUAUCUGGACAAUAUGAAAGCCCCAAUCGAUCUCGUCGAGUUCCGCGCGAAGUACUACGAACGAGUCAUAAAGGGGGUACUGAAGGCUGUUGGUGUUGAUCUGUCGCGGCUGGAGUUCGUGCUUGGUAGCUCUUACCAGCUGAAUAAGGAUUACACUAUGGAUCGGUUCAAGUUGGAGGGCAUUACGAGGGUCAAUGUUGCGCAGAAGGCGGGGGCGGAGGUCGUGAAGCAGACGGAUGACCCGACUUUGGGAGGUUUGAUCUACCCUCUUAUGCAGGCGUUGGAUGAGCAGUACUUGGAUGUCGAUGCACAAUUCGGUGGGGUUGAUCAACGGAAGAUCUUCACAUUCGCCAUGGAGAACUUGCCGAAGAUUGGAUAUAGCGUACGUGCACAUCUGAUGAAUAGCAUGGUACCGGGGCUGGGAGAAGCUGUCAAGAUGAGUGCCAGUGAUCCAGACUCGAAGAUCGAUGUUUUGGAUGGACCGGCUGCUGUUGAGAAGAAGCUGAAGAAGGCCGUAUGCAAACCCAAGGAGGUUGAGGGCAACGGAGUCAUUGCUUUUGUCGAGCAUGUCAUUUUCCGAGCCAUUGCGCUGCAUGUCGACCGAGAAUCGUUCACUGUGCAAAGAAGAGACCAAGAACCACUCGUCUACGAGUCGAUAAAGAAGCUCAAGGAGGACUACGCUGCAGAUAUUCUCACCCCCCAACUCCUCAAAUCCGCCCUCGUCCACCACCUCAAUGAACUCCUCAAACCCAUAAUCGAAGAGUACGAAGCCUCUCCCGAGUGGCAAGCAAUCGCUCUCCAAGCCUAUCCUCCUCCGAAAGUAGAGCCAAAAAUCAAGAAGGUAAAGGACAAGGGCGAUCCAGCGCUACGAGCAGCAGCAGCAGCAGCCCGGAAAGCUGGUGUUGUUGCCAAGCCAGAUGGACAUGUUAAGGGACCGGGUGCGGAAAAAGUUACUGUUGGACCAAGCACGGAAGAAACAUUGCAAAAGUCAUUGCAAAAGUUAAAGGUUUCGGAAUGAUUUAUGAUAGAGUAGAAGACAAAAGAAUACCCAUUGCCGACUCAUAUUUCCUCG